AUGCCGUCGAGGCGGUCUCGGAACACGGGGGCUGAUCCUGAUCGUCGUCGUCCCGACGCGGGGGAUCGAUCAGACGAGUGGAACGGCGCCGCUGCGCCGGGGGCGCGGCGGAGCUAUGCUGUUCUUUCAAUUGAAUCAAAGGAUGAACAAAGUCAGGCGCAAAUUCUUUCUGCCGCCCUUGAAGAUCACAGAGCUAACCCCUUGCUAAGGAGAGUGACAUCUGGCAUCCUAACAAAUCCACCAAACGACACUCUUGCGCAUAUCAUUGACCUGGUGCUGAAGAGCAGCGAGGACACAGGCCGCCGUGAGAUGAAAUCUCUGGUCCUGAAGCUUUUCAAGGAGAACAGCAACGUCUGCGCCAAUGGUUCUUCAGCAGACUCCUCCUGCAUCAUGACCUUGUACAGUUGUUUCCAGAACUGCCUGGAUUCCUUACUGGCAUUGUCUCGCCAAGCUUCCGCUCCAGAAGAUCUCGUGGGUGAAGAAUCUUCACGCAGCAAAGAGCAAACGAUUUGGCCCUGUCAGACAUCUCGAUUGCAACGAAAAAUCGAAUCUUUACCAGUAAGGAACGGAACGGGACCUCUGAAUCAGGAUAACUCGGUGGAGGAGCACAAGAUUGUCGGAGGGGGGAUGUCCAAGCGGCGGGAGGAGCUGGGCCAGGGACAGGGGACCGGCAAGAGGUUGCAGAAGCAAAAGCAUCUCUAUCUGGUGCUGGAUGAUUGGGCCAAGGGCUUCUCGAUCCAUAAGAUCGACGCUACCAACCCUCACCUCGGGGAGCCCCCCGUUCUCCGGCUGGUGGCACCUGUGCCUUGUUGUCCCAUGAGCUUUGCCGCCCUUGGAAGCAACAUCUUGACUGUGAGCAACCGGCACCGCGGGACCCUCGUCUACGACACGGAGACGGCGGCGCUGGCCACCGGCCCUUGCCUCCCGGAUCCGUUACUCGGCGGCGUUAACAACUUUGUGUCCGCCGCCGAUACGCUGUAUGCAUUCUCAUACUUCUUUGCCGAAAGGCAGCACUCCUUUGAGGUGAUGUCCACGGCCGGCGCCAAGCAGGGUCUGCGUCUAUCAACUCCAACUUUGGAUUGGUCAUGGCAAAGCGUGCCUUACCCAUCACCAUUCAAGACGGAUGAAGUGAUUGUCUCCUACGCCCUUCACCCGGAUGGACACACCAUCUUUAUGUCUGCCCACAGAACGCAUAUAGGUGAUCGGACCUUCUCCUUUGACACCAGGCACUGCGAGUGGAGGUACCAUGGGGAAUGGGCGUUGCCUUUCAGACAUGAAGGCUUCUUCGACAGUGAGCUGGAUGCAUGGGUUGGGCUUCACAAGGAUGGUGGCAUUUGCUCCUGCCAAGUCAUCUCCCACAGGCACAGCAGCACAAGUGCCAUGCAGCCGGACUGGAAGAUGGUCAAGGAUUUCUUUCAAAAAAAAGAAGAUGGUCAAGGACCAGCUGUGGAGCCAAGACAAGGUGGCUCGUGGGCCUACUCUGACGUACAUGGGUGGCUCCAGAUUUUGCAUUGUGGAGUGUGUGGUGCGUGA